AUGUCAGACAGCACAGCGGGCCACGCCAAAGGGAAGGGCGUGAACCUUCAGGACGUGAGCACGGCUGAGGAUUCGAGAUUGUUCAUGGUCUCUCCAACGGGAGAUCCGGUCUUUGCGCGGAAGGUCGCUACGGCGGCACGGUCUAAUCUCUGCGCUGGUCAAGUGUCGGACGAGACAACGCAGAAGCUCUCUCAAGAUUCGGCCCAGAUCGCAACGACGUUUGGUACGUCAAGUCGUGCUCCUCUUCCAACCACCUUCGUGGACCGCAAUGGCAAAGGACGAGUUGUGGGCCUCAACGACUCGAACAACCAGAGCAGCAAGCAGACGCAGUAG